CGUCGCCCAAACAAACUGGAGAAAAGGAGGCCCCUUCCCAAAUCCCUCAAGUCCGAGGCCAAGGGGGAGCCAGCCUACCUCGCCGCGGUCCAAUGGGGAGCAAACGGCCUCGUCACGAUCUGCUGGCGCCCAGGAAGGUAAGCGAGAGAUCUGCGCUGGAGGGACUCAUACUAGGGUUCUACAGCGCGGCGAUUGAGCGCCUCCCCGUGGACGAGAUGCCGGCGCUGCUGGCGCCGGCCAUCGUCGACGGUGGCUUCUGCUUCGGGCCCCUGGAUGCGGUCUCCAAUAUCAUCGCCAACGCCGUCAGGCACCUCCCGCCCUCCGGCGCACAUGUGGAGGAAUUUGGGAUGCGUGAGGGCUUCACCAAGGACGGGGACGGGGAGGGAUUUGGGAUGAGCCACCCCUUCGCCAACGAGGCGGUGCAGCGGUCGAUCAAAGCCCUCGUCGGGUUCUUGGCCUUCUACUUCCGCUACCUACCCACUCUAGAGGCGCAGCACUACCUCUUCGCCGCCAAGGGGGAUCUCCUCGCCGCCGUCCACCUCGUCGAGGCAGAGCGCUGCACGGGCGCGUUCGACGUCGGCUCCCACACCACCAAGACCGCCCUCCGGUGCGCCGCGGGGGCCGCGGGCCACGCCGACCUGGACAGCCUGGUCACGGCGAUGCGCUCGCUCUCCUCGAGGUCGCACGAGAUCGCCGGUGUUCUCGCUAGGGCCGAUGGCCGCCGUCUCACCCGCGCCGCGGUCGAGGACCUCCGUUGCUUACUCCUACAAGAAACCAGUGACGGCGGCGAGCAGGCAGCGAUGGCUCUCGUCCCUCGGCGGGCGCGGCUCGCCGCCACGUUCUGCCCGCUCUCCCAAUUCGGGGUCACUGUCAAGGACGAGAGAACGCUCGAACGGUGCACCAAGUCCCUGGAAAGAGUACUCCUCGACAAGAUCCACGGCUUCUACCUGGAGGCGCUCGCUCUACUACCCCAGGACCAGCUCCGCCGCCGUUACCACCGCAGCGUCGUGAUGGCCGGCCACUGCUACGGCCCUCUCGACCCCGUCUCCAACAUCGUGCUCAACACCAUCUGGUACGACGCCGCAUUCCCAGUUCCCAACAAGAAGCAGCAGCCCGAGCUGGACAUGGUCGGGAGGUGGGCGCUGAUCCGUGCCGAGCGCCGCUGCCUCGUCGGCCUCGUCGCGGGCCUCCGUGCCUUUGCCGGGGACCACGGCCUCUCUGAAGUCGCUGCCAUCCGGUGUCUCCUGCGUGCCAACGGGGAUUUCGCCACCGCCAUGAGCGUGCUGCAGCCAGCACUCCUGGGGCACCGACAACCUACCACAAUGCCGUCCGAGUCCGAGCUGCACCGCCUGAUGGCCGCCAUGGCUCAGCGGUUGGAGCUGUACCGCGUGAUGGCCGUCGCGGCCCAGCACCCCAGCCCUGACAGACUCCAUGAGUUCCUAUUGUCUGAUCGCGUUUGUGCUUUGCGAACUCCAUGGGAGUCUCGCAGAUUCUCUCGAGAGGACGUGCGUUCCGUGAUCAGGUCGCUGGACCUGGAACCACCACCGCCCCUUGGCAUGCCAUCAGAGCUGCUACGUUUGACGACUCAGGCCCAAAACACCAUCAAACUGUUCCCUGAUGCUAAGAAGCGCUUCUGUGCCGACAUGAGCUCUUUCCACAGGAAGGCGAAGGCUGCAUUGGACGACUAUGUCCUGCAGAACAUGGGCCCUGAAUAUGUGAUGCAUGUCGUCUGUGGUGCGAACGAAAUGGUUGCGGAUCGCGAUGGCCCGGAGUACAGCAGCAUUAACUGGCCACUCUCGUUCAACAAAUUGCACUACUCACACAUCAACUUCCUGGCGAGCCCUGUGUGCUCGAGUGCCGCCGACAUGUCCCCGACCCUUUUCUUCGCGGAGUGCGUCAACUACAAUGAAGAAAGCGACCGUGACAGGAAGAACAUUUGCUGCCCUGUUGUCGUGCCGCCAACAAAUGCCGAGAGGGUUCGGUGCUUUUACUGUGAGUAUAAUGGGAUGAGUAUUAUUCACCCAGUUGAUGGGAACUACCAUGGGUGCGACAUUGACUUCGAGAAGUUAGCCCGCCAGCAGCACAAAAUGAACAAUUCCAUCGAGAGCGUCUUCAACCGUGGCAACUAUGUCACUAACUCCAAUGGUCCAGUGCAAGAAGAUUACUUCUACUUUGACCAUGCGAGGGAGCUAUCAGUUUGACUCUUAUUCAUGGCUACUGGUGUAGAUCUAAUUGCAGUAUUUUAAUUUUGUGUUGAUACUGAAGCGUUGGAUGUGUUUUUUUUUUCUAUUGAGUUUAAUAGAUGAGUUGAUAAAUUACGCUGAUUUAAUAGUUAAUUUUCGGUAUGCUACAAUGUUAUGCUAAUUUCAUGUUUACUUAUGUUUAAAUCUGAACUAAGUUGGUUUAGUCCGACCUUCUAUAUUUAACGUGAGCAUGCAUGUGGUUGUUUAUUAUUG